GUGCUCAUCGGCAUGUCCACGGGCGGCCGGCGGCGCGCCCUGGUGCCCCCAGAGCUGGGCUACACCAGCAGCGCGCUGCAGCCCCAGCCCCCCACCUUUGCCACGCGGCGCCAGCUCGCAAACCACUCGCGGGAGCCCCUGCUGUUUGAAAUCCAGCUGCUGCGGGUCAACAACCAGAAGUGA